AUGCUUUAUGAUCAGUUGGGAAAUGUCGGCUCCCCUGUCAACAAUCAUCGUCUAGUCCUUCAGCUGAUCUCUGGUCUCCCAGAAGCUUACCAUAGUAUUGCUACUUUAAUUCGCCAGAGCAAUCCUCUUCCGGAAUUCUAUCAGGCUUGUUGCAUGCUCACUUUAGAAGAAGCCGAUAUGGCUAAGAUGGCAAACACAGACUCUCAUGCCGCUAUGCACACUACUCAGCCGAAACCAACUGAAGACACCUCUCAACGUGGCAACCGCUGCCCUGACAACCGUUCUCGCUCCCGUGGCAACCAGGGUUGCGGAGGGGGGCGUGGUAACCGCAGUACACCUCAGUCUGGAGCUCCCAACACUCCCUCACCUUGGUCCGCUCCUCCUUGGCAACAACAACAACAACAGUACCCAACCUGGCAACCAUGUGGUUGA